AUGUCAGAAAAUAUCACUGCAUCACAUUCUGAUAAUUAUCGUUGUCAGGAAAUGUGUGCGACAGGGGCCAAGAGAACAAAGCAGGGACUUUUUGGGGCGCGAGACCUCUGUUCCAUUCAUUCAUUGGCCGGCGACUGCGCUCUUCCGCCUCCAAGCGGCGUCUACAAAAGCUCGCGGUCCACAGGCCUCGUUCCAUUGCGGCCUCGCGGGAAGACCUUCCAACAGAGAACGCACAGCCUACUCUUGUGCGAGAGCAUAGGGCGUUCGUUGUGUUUUUACCCGAAAGUUACACCCGAGAGUCGUCCGAAAUUCUGCGGAAGCAAUUCUCCGUCAUGUGGAAUGGAAGCCGCACAUUCUGACGUUUCUUCUGACAGCGGACGUCGGCAACAGAUAUCUUGGCUGAGGCAUAAUUCACAGAGAAUGAAAUCUUUGGCCAACACGAAAAAAAUCUUCCUUCCACGCCCACAAGCGCGCACAGAUGUUCAAGGAAAAAAUAGUAUAGACAAGAAGCAAGUCAAUUCAAUGUUGAGUAGAGCUGACAAGUUCUAUUGCCGUUUCGGCCCCCACCAAGGAGCCGUUGCGUCUGCGCUUCGGGGGUCAGGGAGACUGCGGCGCAAAUGCAUUGGCAAACACGGCGCGCGCGGCCGCGCCUCGCGGGAGUGA